AUGGCCGACGGUCAACAACAUGCCUAUCACCAUUACAUUCCAGGGAAGAAUUGUAUGAACAUCUACAGAGAAGAGCAGCCAAAAAACUUUACCAUCUCAGGCUGUGUCAGUAAGAAGUCUUACAGGCCUAAAUACUGUGGGUGUGGGUGUGCGUGGCGCGGGACCAUCGCGCUGCAUCCCUACAAGUCCAAGACCAUCGAUGUGGAGUUUAUGUGUCCCAACGGCCUGUGUUCACCUGGCAGGUCAUGUGUCGACAACGCCUGCUUCUGUAACCUCAGCUGCAAGAACCCCAACGACAUCUUCGCCGAGCUGGAGAAUUACUAUGGCUACCCUGAGAUCGUGAACUGAGACAUUUCAAUAAUAAGUCAUACUCUUAUUAUGGGCUCUAUUCAAUCAGAUCUGCUUUGCCAACAUCCGCAUAGCGGUUUUUU